AUGUCGAGGAGUCAAUCGAGCCUGGGGUACCUGGACGUUGCCCGUGAGGAGCCCUCGGCCCCAGGGGCGGCUACAGGACCUAUCAAUCUCUCAGGGCUGGUGUGCAAUGUGCGCCGGACGACGGGCACGGAGCCGCACCCCCUGGUGGGGGCGACCACCACCGUGCUAGGCGACAAGCUAUACGUGUUUGGAGGACGGGUGCUCUCGCGUAGUCACCCGAAGUUGACGUCGGAUUUGUACGAGCUGGACCUGAUUCGGCGACACUGGACGAAAAUCGAGCCAGCGGGGGAUGUGCCGCCAGCACGCUACUUUCACAGUGUGUGCGCCUUGGGUGAUAAUAAGCUUGUUUGCUAUGGAGGCAUGUCGCCAGCACCAGCCACUCCAAAGGACCCAAACAGUCCCACUGAAACUCAGUCCGAGGUCGUGGUCAUGUCGGAUAUCCAUAUCUUCGAUGUGCCCUCGCGGGCGUGGACCCGUGUUGCGGCCCACGAGUCGCCCCAGGGUCGAUACGCGCAUUGUGCCACGAUACUCCCGUCUAGCGCGUGCUUCACCUCUGCAAGUGCGCCGCUGUCUGCUAUUCAUCAUAACCCUUCCUCUGGCGCUCACCAGGGGUCGAUUGGCGUGGACAUUGACGGAUUCGGGGGCGCUGAGAUGGUGGUUGUGGGCGGGCAAGAUAGCUCCAAUCAUUACAUUGAGCAGAUCAGCGUGUUCAACCUCCGGAGCCUCAAGUGGACCAACACUAGUCCCUUGGGUCGUAGCUGCGGCGCUUACCGCAGUGUGGUUGCCCCGUUGGUGGGCAUGGAUGUGUCAGAGGUUGGGUCUGCGGCACCUGACCGAGAUGCACACGAACCGAUCGAGACCUCUGAAUCUCCCGGCUGUCCCAUGCUGAUUUAUUCCAACUACAAUUUCCUGGAUGUCAAACUGGAGCUGCAAGUGCGCCUGCCGGACGGGCGUCUCGUUGAACGCCCGAUGCAGAGCCAGGCCUCUCCCCCGGGACUACGAUUCCCUAACGGUGGCAUUAUCAACGGCCAUUUCGUUGUCAGCGGCACCUAUCUGACCUCGUCAAAGCAGGAGUACGCCCUCUGGGCGCUCGACCUUAAGACCUUAACCUGGGGCCGCAUUGAUGCUGGGGGAUCCGUUUUUGGGAAUGGCAGCUGGAACCGUGGAGUUCUCUGGCCACGCCGCAACGGCUUUGUUAUUCUCGGACACCGGAAGCGCAGCUUAGUCGACGACUAUAACCACCGGCGCAUCAAUUUCUCCCAUGUUUGCAUGGUGGAGCUGGAGGCCUUUGGGCUGCACAACAACCCGUGCCGCACGUUUCCUACGUCGGGCUACAAAUCAUACAGCUCGCCAUCCGUCCCUGCGUCAUUGCAGCAGAAGCUGGCACAGUUGACGACAGGUGGACGCCCGUUGUCCAGGGCCUCUGACGAGCUAGGUAAGCUGGCCAUGUCUCUGCCCGAGAUGGCCGAUAUGGAGCUGCAAGCUGUGGGUGGAGAGCGCAUCCCCGUCAAUUCCCGUGUGAUGGCUCGGCGAUGGGGGCCCUAUUUCAUCCAGCUUCUACGAGAGUCGUCGGAAGGGGGCAUCGCCGAUGUAGGGACGCUCCGUCCGUCGAAUGUCCAUCCCAGUCGUAACUCCAGUAUCACCAUCACCCCGUCGGUCGGACAUAACAGCAACUACUCUACUGCGACUACUCUUGUCAGCAACUCCGCUCCUCCGAAGUCUCUGCUUGAGAACCUGGAGACUCCCUCAGCGCAUCUCCUGCCCCCGACCUCGCGGCCGCGCGUGCUCUACCUGCCUCAUACGGUUUUGACCAUCCAAGUCCUCGUUCACUAUCUCUAUACGUCCUCCCUUCCCCCAACUAGCUCGUCUCUGUGCACACCGCAGAUCCUUUGCUCGCUUCUUCAACUCGCGCGUCCCUAUCAGAUCGAUGGCCUAUUGGAGGCUAUCGUCGAGCGCCUGCACCAAGUGCUCGAUGGUCGCAACGCAGCUGCUGUGUUCAACGCUGCCGCCAUGGCCGCGGGCGGUGGUCGCGGAACCGGCUUCGACAGCGGAUUAGGCGGCACUCUUGAAGCCUUGAACGGCGCCAACACCCGCGCCAGCGUUGUACCGGGCUCCUUCGAGGGAGACGCAUCUCAGAAGAGCGUUCUCCUGGCCUCCGAUUCAUCCGACACAGAGAACGGCGGACCAUUGCCCGGCUCCGCCACCAGUAGCACAGGCGACCUAGCCAACUUCGCGCGCGGCAUUCCCUCCCUCCGCAUCGACACCGCCAUCUCCCAACAAGCACAAGCUGCCCGCCAACGCAUCUCCCGCGACCGCGAAGACUCCGUCAGCAACGCCAGCACCGCAACUUCCGCCUCCAGCGCUAGCUUCAGCCAGUCAGACUCGGAAUUCGUCAGUGGCGACGAAGACCGCACGCAGUCUCGCCGACACCACCGCCGAGGCACGGAUACGGAGCUGCGCCGCCCACACCGCGAGAUCUGGACGGGGGAUUUGAGCAGCGUCAUCGGGCUCCAGAAACGAGGCUUGCGCGGGCUGAUGGAGGGCCGCCGCUUGCGUGAACGCACUACGAAACCCUCCAGCGCGGGUAGUACCACUGCUGCUUCUUUCCCGCUGCCCAAUCCGGGGGAUUCGUAUCCUUCUGCUAUGCAGGGAGUCGCUGCGUGA